AGGCGCCAAAUUUCAAGGCUGUGGGCGGGGUUUGCGUCCCUCAGUAAUAACGGAGUGAUCUUCUGUGCGUGAGCUGCGUGACAGAUCGCAGAUUUGCGUUUCUCCAAGUGUCUUUUCUGUUAACCUUGAGUGUGGAGGAUGUGGAGUAACGUGGAGCUGCUCCUGAACGAGGAGACGAACACCGUGCGGCUGUACAGCGACGAGCAGGAGUCCGGCAGCGCGCUUUAUCAGGUGGACUCUCUGGUGAAGCUCUCGUCCUCCGAGAAGGUGCGGUCGCCCCCCAGGCUCUUCUCCUCCUGUUCUCCUCACUGCUGUAUCCUCGUCGCUGACACCGCUGUGGUUCUGUUCGAUCCCAGCUUUCAGAGCGUUCUCAUCCACUUGUUCUUCGACUCUGUAGUGGACGCCGUCACCGUCUGCCCUCGAGGACAGUUUCUUCUGGUGGGAGAGAGGAGUGGAAGUCUGCACAUCAUCUAUGUCCCUCUGAAGAAGACGGUGCUGACUAAAACUCUGCACAGACCGAGUCCAUGUGACGGAGAGGAGAGCACCUUCAAGAGCCUGAUCCUGCACGAGACGCCUGCUUCAGGAGGAGUCUACGAUCUCUUCUUCAUCGUUAAUGAUGGGUUCCUCCACACAUCCAAUGUUGCCUUGGGGAAAAUCCAGAGCGCCAUCGAAAGCAUGGAUCUAGUGGCUUUAAAUAAGAUCCAGGAGGAUAUUGUGAUGAACUUCUGCUCGACUGAAGAGAUUCAUGAAGAUGGUUGUAACUCGGCGAGUCUGGUCUGUUUGGGAAACACAGUCCAUCUUCUGAUCGGAGCUGUCGGAGUCAAUGUUGUUUCUCUGUGGACCAUGGGCCCCGGGCAGAAAUCACUGUCUCUCACUAAACUCCUCGACUCUACUCUAAUGUCAGAGGUGAAGAAGAUUCAAGUUGUGGAUAAUUUAAUGUAUGUUCUAAACCAAGAGGGCGUGCUCAGUCUGCUGGACUUACACUCCUUCAUCAUGCUCUGCUGCUGGCCGGAUCAAUACAUCGUUGAUUUCCUGCUGAUCUCGGACGGAAACUCCUCCUCCAUCACACAGCAAGAUGAAAACAGCUUGAAAAUCAUGUCCUUGGUAGCUGAAGAAAGCAAGGGUCGUGGCAGGAAGCUGGUGGUGCAGUCGCUGCCUUCGAUGGAGGUUUUCUACUCUCUAGAAGUGUCUUCAGAGUCGUGGUUGAUCCAGAGGGGAAUCAACAUGGACUCGAUCUAUCUGCUGGAGGGAGUUGUGCCGAACACACAGAGCGGUCCUGAAGAUCCAGUGUCUGCUGUUGUGAUCCGAUGCUUCACCGAGGCUCUGCCAGAGAACAGACUGAACAAACUUCUGUAUAAGCACAAGUUUGAAGAAGCAGAGAAGUUCGCCAAAGCCUUUGGACUUGAUGUUGAACUGGUGUAUAAGGUCAAGCUCAAUGUGGUGCUGGAAAAGCUGAUCUCCGCAUCAGGAAGUGAUCAAACCCUGGAGUGGCCCGAGCUCAUCGAAGAGGCCAAGACCAACCUGAUGAAGAUCACGGACGAGCAGUUUGUGGUGCAGUACUGUCUGACUGCUUCCUGGCCGUCUCUGAGCAUCGCUGAAGAGAUGCUGAGCUACACCUCCAGCCGCUUCCCCUGCUGCCAGAUACACACAGCCCUGGCCAAACUCGCCACCUUCGCCAGCGUCUACGGGCCGCAGCACUUCCAGGGCAUGGCAUGGAUUGAGUUCCUGAACAGUGCAGAUUAUCUCAAAGACAUCCUGGCUCUUCUGAAGGAGGGCAAUCUGACCGGAGCACAGUACUUGUGGCUUCGACAUGAGGGUGAGUUUUCCGGGGAGUUUGAUGAGAGCUGUCUGCACGCUCUGCUGGGCUCCAUCCCGUCGGACGUCCCGUCUCAGGACCUCAGGCUCUGGUUUAAGGGCGUCGUGGUCCCGUUUGUGUGGAGGGUGUUGCCCAGUGGACAGAAAAUCCUCGCCAGGUGGUUGGAGCAACGUGCCAGGAAUCUGGAGUUGACAGAAAAGAGUGACUGGCCUCAUAAUGGACUGGUUCUGGCUGAACUUGGCCUGCCUUCCCUCUGGAGCUCUAUGGGUUUGGCUGAAAACUGUGGCUCAGAGGAAGUGCUAAACCUGAGGUCACUGGUGGCUAACCUCAGACAGCUUUGUGAGCUCUACUCCAAAUACAGCUGUCGUCUGUCCCUGUCCGACUACGAAAGGGGAAGCACGCGCAGCAUGGCCUUCCUGAUGCUGGACAAGGUGCAGGCCCCGGAGCUGAUCGCCGCUGUGAUUAAGAGCAGUGUUCAACCCUAUGCUCUGGAGAACGGACUGGACCUGGACCAGACCCUCUUACACUACAUCAAGGAGCUGCUAGACUGCUGCAGUUCUCAGAUCACGUCUCUCUUCACUGAAUGGGAGGCUAAAGCUGUGGCUGUGCUGCGCUGCAUGACCGACACCAAUAAGGUGAUGGAUGCUGUGAUUGAGAUCAUGUAUAAGGCGGUGGUGCCCUGGAGCGAGACCAUCGAGAAGCUUGUUCAGCAGCACCUGGAGAAGCAGCAUCCCAAACAGGAGCUGCUGAGAGAAGGCUACAGACUGAUGGAAAUAAAGAAGCUUCUCAGAUGCUAUGGCAUCCGCAGUUUAGCCCUUUCUAACACCCGUGAUAUCAUGAUGCUUGUGAGGCACAUCCUCAAGCAGGACCUGCCCACCUCCCUCCAGGACUCGCUGAAGUUAAUCCAGGCCUACAAACUAAACCCAGCAGAGAUCCAUCAUCUUCACUGCAUCCAUCUCAUCCAGCACAACAAGAGAGAGAAGUGCAUGGCACUGCUGAAGAACCUGCUGCAUCCUGAAGCAGAGCUUGUGAUUGAGCGCAUGGCCUGCUGGGCCAGACUUCAACUUCAAGACAAGCGGCACAUUUCUGAAGAGCAGAAGAAAUCACAGAUGCUAAUAUCACAGAUUAUGGUUGAAGCGUUGAAGUACCUGCAGAGCAUCCAGACAGAUGAUGCCUUCAAGAAAACUGAAUGUGAGAACAAUCUGAAGAUGUUCACAGCCAUUGCUCAUCUACAGGAAGACUUUGACAUCUUCUUGACCCCGGAGGAAUAUGAUGAUCCAGCAGUGAGACACAAGUUCAACCAGCAGCUCAUCACUGCAUAUGAGAACGCACAGGCAUGGAGGCGCUCCGGGAGACAGCACCCAGACGAGGUGUCCAGCGCUCAUCUGAAGGCCAAUGAUCCCGAUGGGAAGACCAAGAGCCUGUCCACUGAAGCGGGGCUGCACCGCCUGGCCAGACAGCUGCAGAAGACUGAGCAGGAGCUGUGGGCAGACCUGGCUCUGAGAGCGCUGGAUGCUGGAGAUGUGGAGAAAGCCUUACAGAUCCUCAGUGAGCUGUACCAGCACCACUCGAACUGCAGCACGGGACACGUUCUGUUCAGCACGGCCCAGCGCCUCUGUCAGAUGCUGGAGGAGAACGUCCCAAUGGUUCUUCCAGAGCAGGUCAAUCUGCCUGCGGUCAUCCAUGGACUGGCCUGCCAAGCCAUUACAGUCUGCCACAGUGACCUUCUGCUGGACUGCUUGGAGCUGUGUAAAAGCACCAGAAGUGCUGCAGAUGUCUACAGACAAUGUCAGAUUGAAGAUUUUGGGUUUUUUGCUAAGGAAUCUGCAUUGAGUGGUGAAGAGGACGCAUACGCUGAAUCUCAUUUUCAGGAUGUCUUUAAUGAGGACUGUAUUGUGCUGGAUCCGGUCUCUGUGCUUCCUCUUCAGUAUAAGAUCACCAGAAACCUGCUGCCGCUGUCCGAAUCAAGGCUUUACCCUUUUGACUGUUCCUGUCUGUCUUACUGUGAUCUCAAAGCAGACACGGAUCUGGUUGGGCCUUUGCUCAGUCCCUUGGCCUCUAUGCUGCAGACGCUACAGGAGUGCAGUCAGCUGGAGCUGGCUCUCAGACUUCUGAUGGAGUCCUACGGCAGCAUAUUAAUGCACUUCGUCUCUAACAACAUGGACAUCUCUCUCAGCAUGCAGCUUCACUCUAAUAACCGCAUGGCCAGAGACAAACAGACUCUGGACAGGAUAGAGAAGACGGUUCUCUCGUCGGUCACUGUGGUUGUGGUCUCCUUGUUACAGAAGGUGCUCAACUGGAGGGUGGUCGACUCGGAUCUGGCCAUCGGGCUCUGUACUGUUCUGCCCAAGGCAGCGGUUGUGGAUAUUCUCUGGAAGAUGAUCGCCAGUGCCUGGCAAAACUAUGAAAAGAUUAAGGUCGUUGCGAUGGUGGGAGCGCAUCUCAGUUUUUUGUAUAAGGAUGAAGAGGAGAGGGGGAAGUUUCUGUCGGUCAUCACUGAUGCAGAGUGGGGCGUCCAGCUCGGGAAACUCGGGGUCUCCAUCCAGUCGGUGUUUAGGCAGUGCGCAGAGACGAAGAGAAACUUGAUCCCUACGCUUGUGAAGAACAAGAACAUCACUCCUGACAUCAUACUGCAUUACUGCAGCACGUUUGGACUGGACAGCGGUUCUGCUAUCAAUCUGUACAUCACCACGCUGCUGCUGCAGGAGGACCGGUGGUAUGAGAUGGAGAUGGAAGAAGGUGAUGCUAAAGCUAGCCUGCAGUGUUCAGAGUCUCUGCUGGGAAGAGAUGAGAAGCUGGAGAGAGCGCUUCAGAUCGUCCCUCAGCUGGGCUCCACUAAAGACCUGGUGAUCAGUCUCAACACGGCCCUGACCAAGCUGAAUCCAUACAACUACGAGUGGAUCGAGAGAGUGCUCCGAACUAUUCAGAUGGCUGACGAGAGCACGUCCCUGCUUCCCCUCGCUCAGAUGGUGGGGUUGCUGCAGCAUCUGAAGUCCCACCGAAGGAUCUCUGCUCCCACUGACCUGGAGAGCUCGUAUCUCCUGGAGAACGCUCUAGAACCCACGGCUCUGGCUCACACACGCCUGCCCUUUCAUCUGCUCUUCCAGAACAACCACGCCUUCUGGAAGAUUGUCUCUCCAGAACUCAGUGAGGACACUUUACCCACGCUGCUCCUCAUCUGUAAACUCAUGAAGGUGAACCCUGAUAAGCUGUAUGUUCUAGCUGUGAACCACGUGUUCAAGACGAGUCUGUUGCCUCUGCUGACGGAUCCGUCCAGGAGAAGCCCGACGCCUGCUCCCAGUAAAGACUUGUCUGGUGUGACUCAGAGUAUCUUUACACACGCUCUGUGCAUCCAGAAUCUGGAGCUGGCCGCAGCCACGGUCCAUAAGAUAGCCCAGGAGCUUCCUGCAGGUGCACAGAAGACCGAUUUCCUGAAGUUCAGCUUGGAGCUGGUGCACAAGUUACUGCAGUCUGAGACGCUGGAGGACAGUCUCCAGACUCGAGGUGAAGCUCUGAUCUCGAAGCUGCAGCUGCAGUAUCAGCGCUCGGCCACAGAGAACGCUCUGCUGUCGUCUCAGCUGGGCUCUCCAGAGCUGCUGAAGCUCACAGGGCUGCCGGCGAGGCUCAUCGUGGCCCUGUUUGAGCACAGCUCGGUGCUGGAGCGCAUGACGAGCCCUGCUGGACUCCACUACCCCGAUAUUCACAGCGUGGCCAGAGACAUUGCGUCCAUCAAUGCUGUGGAUCUUCUGAAGAUCCGGAACAUUCUUCUGGAGAAGUGGUUGUGUCAGACAGGACAGUCCAGUGGAAAGGACAUUCAUCAGGACUGCGUGACUGAUAUAAAUGAUGAUCCUGAUCUCAUGAGAGUUGUGUACUUGCUGCAGAUGCACCCCAUGGAUAUAAGUGCUCGACUGCUCAGCCCCAUCCUGACAGCACAGACAUGGCCCCUGGGAGGAUCAGGCCUUCGUUUGACCUUUGAACACCGCAGUCGAGCUCUGGUCUGUCUCACACACUUAGCAGAUGCUGCCACCUUAGAGACGCUUUCCAACCAGCCGAGCAGCAAAAUCAGAUAUUAUUUGAAGUGCUACAUGUAUCUUGCCCAGAUGGAGGCCCUGAACAUUCCCUAUACCUUAGAAAUGUUCAUCAGCAGCCCCAAGGAAGGCAUGAUCAAGGGUUUAUGGAAGAACCACAACAAUGAACCUCAGGCGGUGCGUCUCGUGGCAGAGCUCUGUCUGGAGUAUGAGGUGUAUGACCUGCAGCUGUGGAACAGUGUCUUACAGAAGCUGAUGUCCUUCAGUAUGACAAGCUACUUGCAGAAGGUCCUGGAGGCUCUCAUAUCAGUGCCCAGCCUUUUAGAGGGACAAAGUCUGUCCAGGAUCUGGAGGAGUGUGAUUCAAGCCCCUUUCCUGACCGCCUCUCUUCCUCUCAGCCCUCGACAGCAUGAGAUCAUGUACCAGACAUUUGUGCUGCUUCUGAAAUGUCCGUUCGUGUUCUCUCUGGAUCUGGUCGGCAUCGCCAGGAGGUUUGCUCAGUUCAGUCUGCAGGCGUUCUCUCUGGGCACACUGUUGCUCGUCCCUUGUGCCAAGAAGAAGGAACCACAGAUUCAGAGCUUCCUGUUGUCCUGUGACCCGAGCCUGGUUCUGGAUCAGGUGGAGCAGAGCAUGAGCACCGGAGAGUUAGCUGGACUUCCUUCACAGAUCAGAGAGACCGUGUUCUCCUUCCUCUGUCGAAACGGCAAGUCACAGAUGUUGAUGAAGACCAGACACUUCACUGAUCUGAAGAAGCACCUGAUCUCAAAGGCUCAAUCUGAGACCGUGCAGGAGCUGCUGAACUGCCUUGUGGGACAAAACCGUGAAGAGGAGGCCGUUUCUUUUGCUGAUGAAUUUCUGAAGUACAGAGAGCUAAAAGGAGGACAAGCAGCUCCUCUGAGCAACACUUUCUCUGAUCCUGUCAGGGAAUUUUUGGAAAAGGCCCUGGAACCCAGAGUUACACAAACAUCAGCAUAAGAUUUAAAUGAUUUGUUGGGUAAUAUAGUUUAUUAAUAAUCCUAUGCUUGUACAUUUUACAUUAAAUAGUAUUACAAUGUUUACUGAUAUUUUGUGAAUAUAAACACCAAGUGGAUGUAGAUGCAUACCUGCAUUACAAAUAAAAACUAAUACCUUUUCUCAAUAA